AUGGGAAAAUCGUUUGUCGGGAAGCCGAAACCACUUGGAGCUGACCAUAAAGUGGUCGUCGUGCUUGAUCAUGGACCACGAUUUGGAAUCGACGCCUCUGAAAAGCUGCCCAUUCACGUGAAGGAGCUCGCCGGGAACAAGCAGAAAUUUGUUGCGACCAUCGAGAAAAGUGUAUGGUCGCUAGCCGUUGAAUGUGCCCUCGAGAUGCAUCGUAUUGUUAGCGAUGUUUUCCCGAACAAUAACAAAUUGAUGCGCUUCGUUUUAUCGGAUUGUGUGGGCCGCUUCCUAACGAGUGACACGUCGGAUGUAAUGAAACAAUGGGGCGAUAGUUUGAUCUCAAGAAAUGAGUUGCAUGAGAGCAUCAAAUCGGCCGGCAAACCGUUGACAAGUGAAGAUUCGUCGAUACUCAAUGGUGUCCGAAUGGCUGUGGAUGCCCUCUCACAGAAGACGAAUGCCUACAGGAAAGCGAUCGAUACAGCUCAGAAAAUGGGGAAUCGACCGGGACAAGGCAAGCGCCCACGAGUUCCGAUCCCGAUGAGAGGUGGAAAUUUGGAAGCAAAUAAGCAAAAGAGAGACCAAUUUCUUCAAACAUUCAUUCCAAAUCGAGGCGCAAUCGUUCUAAUGACUUCAUUGAAAAGUGAAGAAGAGCUGAAAAGUCUCGAGGCGGACAUUGUGGAGAUUGCGGACGAUACCGAAUUGGUGAAGAUUCAACUCCUUUCCACUGUAGACACUGGGGAAGCUAUUCAAAUGGUCGUUCAUGCUGUCACUCUCGAUUUGUACAAUCUUGUCUCGACGACAAUCACCGGAAUACCGAUGAAGGAAGAAAGCAUUACCGGACAAUCGGUCAACUAUGAUGUCGAACUUUUCCAUCCGAAAAUCGUCCUUGGAGAGCUACAAAAACACAAAUUACUUGAACCAUCGAGCCAUUUGGUGAUCAACAAGGGAGUCUAUUCGACAAUAAAACUACAAUGGGCAACACCGAAUCCGAAAACUAGAUGGGAUUUGUUCCCCUUUACAUCGCAUUCAUCAAGAGUGAGCCUCGCCGAGCCGAACAGUCGCCAAUCAACAUGCCUAUCGUCGUAUUUGAUGAACGGGCGAAAUAAAGUGAUGCUUGAGGUUUCUCGCCAAGGAGCCGCCGAAUCGUUGACACCAAAUGUUGGUCCGAAAUUGAUCUCUCAAGUGGUGAUGGCUGCUGGUGGAAAUAAGAUGAACAUUCAACAAGUGAUCAUUUCGAAACAAAAUAACGAAGAUCUCCAGAAGAAAGCCUCAAUGAAACCAAUACCCGGGGUUCGCGUAAACGAUUUCAAAAGUCUGAUGAAAGAGACGACACUUUCGGUGAAAACAAUUGAGAAGAAAAUGGAUAAAGAGAAAAUGCCUUCAACUUCGGCGAAGAACGAUCAACCAACCCUAUUGCUGAAGAGACUCACUCGAUUUUGGCCGGUUCAGCAGGAUCAAACCGUUAUUUAUAAUCUUCAAGAGAAAUUCGAAAGAUUCUUUUCCAUUUUGGCGAAACGCGAGCUCUCGGCCGAAGAUUUCGAUAUGGCUAGAGGGGUGAUACUUGAAUUUGUGGCGAGAAAGAGCAGUCCACCGUAUGCAAAUGAUGGAGAGACGGGGAAGAAUGCGGCAAAUCGAACCGAACAAUUUCAAACGGUCGCACAAGAGCUGGCACUUCAUUUGGGAAACUAUGUGAAUCACUCCGAACAACAUUUGGAGCUAUUCAAUCAACUCAUGCAAUUGACGUUUGUGGAAAGAAGUCUCUCCUUGCCGACCAAUGAUGUGACAAAUGAUGCGAAACGAGAAUGUAUCCAAUCGACUUCGCAAGCUUUGAAAUGGUAUGGAAAUGGUGGAACGGGAGGGGCAUCGACGCCGACUCGGACAUCAUCACGAAGCAAUUCCCCGCAACCGAAACGUGCCUACAAGGAGAAAUAUGUGUGGAAAUCGGGAGAGACACUCAAACUCGGUCCAUGGUUUCAACAACAAGAACAAGCAAAAUAUUGGUCACGAUGGCAGGAUUUCGAGGGAAGAAUUCUGGCUGGCGAUCAACCCGCGAAACUCUACGCCGAUUUGGAUCUCCCACCGCAUUCGAAUAAGAAAACCGAGGUUCCGCUGGGU